AAUGCAUAGAGCUCUUCACAGAGUUGGUCAAAGACAAGGAGAACUGCAAGAAGUUCUAUGAAGCAUUUUCCAAGAACCUAAAGCUUGGCAUUCAUGAGAACUCCACAAAUCUGAAGAAGCUGUCUGAACUCCUGCGGUACCACACUUCCCGAAUAUGUGUCCUGCAUGAAGGAAAACCAGAAGAGCAUCUAUUACAUUCCUUGUGAGAGCAAGGAGCAGGUGGCAAACUCUGCCUUUGUGUAACGUGUGAGGAAGCGUGGCUUUGAAGUGGUCUACAUGACAGAGCCCAUUGACGAGUGCUGUGUCCAGCAACUCAAGAAGUUUGAUGGUAAGACUCUGGUGUCUGUUACAAAGGAAGGUCUGGAGCUGCCAGAAGAUGAGGUUGAGAAGAAGAUGGAGGAGAACAAGUCAAAGUUUGAAAGUCUGUGCAAGCUAAUGAAGGAGAUCUUGGACAAGAAGGUUGAGAACGUCACCGUAUCCAACCAUCUGGUGUCCUCUCCAUGCUGCAUUGUGACCAGCACAAAGCUUCAAUACAAAUUGCUGCUGACUCCACAUCCCCCUCCCCCCCACUGUUCUAUUGGCUGUGUUUUAGUCUGUGGCCUUAUUAGGAUGAUGUUAGAUGUUCCUUUCAAGUUCUCUAGCAUAAUUUACCAUCUUCUAGAUCAUGUCUGGGCUGACUGA